GUCCAAGAUGAAUAGUGAUAAGAGAGAUAAGGAUAUCUAUGAGAGUGAACAAAUUGUAUACCAUUCUUCACCUCCGAUGUCACUUUCUUCCUCUCUACAUAAAGAAUCAAAAGAUGAGAAGCAAGUAGAUGUCUCCUCCAGUGAUGACGAUGAUAGUGAGCCUUUGGAAUGUUUCUCCUCCAUUUACCCUUUUCAAGAAGAAAAGGACAACCAUCUGGGUGAAGAAGCAUACUUUUGGUCCAAACUGAAAGAAAGUGGAGCCAUUCUUGAACAACUGAUGCAGUUUCAACAGCCCUUGGUUGACUCGGUUCCCACGGAUGUGGAAGAAGAAACGCAAAGUAACGCAUCUUAUGAAGACUAUAGUUAUGAUGGGGACUCUUUUGAAGAAUCUAAACCUUUUUUUGUGUCUCUCCAUCACCACCAUCUUGUUGGUGAGUUUCAACUAGGAGACUCUCAAGACCCCAUCUGGACCAAGUUACUACAGUUGCUUCACCCAAAAAGUACAUUUCCUACAGGAUGUCUGAAGCUUGUGAUAGACAACAACCUACUUUCAGCUUCUGUUAUAAGAAAUUGUUUUCAACUGCUUUGUUGUCCUUUAUGUAAUCCAAAUAUUGCCUCGGAAGUUGACUUGUCCAAGUUAUGUCAGUGCCUAUUGUAUUUAUUUGAUCGAAGAAUAUCGCUAACUGUCGGAGAAAAAGAAUCACCUUCUAGUAUGACUUGGAAAGGUAUGCCAGAAUGGAUUCCAUCCUUUCAAGAUUUUGAAAGGUUCAUGUCUCAUAUGGUAACGAUAACAAAUACGAAGCAGACCAAUGACUCCGUAAAAGAGAAGAUUCCAAAACCAACUUGUUUCAUCUUGUCCAUUUGGAAACGAGUAUUAAGUUGCAUAGCUGCUUGUAUCCCUUUGAUAACGUAUUCUCCUUAUGGAGGAAGGUUCGAGGAGAUGGAUAACAUCAUUCAAGUAAUGACUCGUAUCUUAUUGGACCCUUUUGGUAAGACCAUCAGUCAAGUUUGUUGGAUAUUGUAUCGUUGUUGGAUUGUGUUGGGUGGAGGUUGCAAACAACUGACUUGUUUAGUGAAUGAAUAUUUUGUGAGUAUUUUCUUGAAACAUGCAACUUCGAUAGCCCUACAAUUGCGGUUAUUGUCAAGUCUGGAUUCAUCUCUCCAGGAAUUAUCCCAAUAUUUUGCUUACAAAUUGUUUAUCUUGUAUACCCAAGGAGAACAAAAUGGUUUCUACUCCAUAGCGGAAAAGAUAAAACAUCAAGUUGGAAACUUUCUGCUAUCGUUUUUGAAAGAAAAUUUGGUUUAUGGUGCUGAUAUACAACUUGUUGAAAGUGAUGGAGUGAGUGGUCAGUUUCAAAAGUUUGUGUAUCCAUUGAUAUUUGAAAUGAAAGAGUUUUCUUCACGAGCAGUAUAUCGAGUGGAUAUGUUGAAUAGUCAAUGGCAAUUUUGUGAAAAUACUUGGAGUGAACAUGAAAUAAGUAGUUUUCAUAUAAGGGAUGUGGAACCCCAAACUUUAGUGAAAUAUCAUUUCAAGGAAUCCUUUGAACCACGUGAAUUCGUUGGUUUGAUGGAAGACCUUUGUCAACAUAGUCGAAACUGCGAGUCGAUUUCGAUCAUCAUUCGAUUCGCAUUGUUAGCUAUCCAACCUAGUUUAUUGUUUCAAAUGGAGUCUCAUUUAAGAGAACGACUCGGAUAUGCUAUUUCCAUCUUAAAGAGUACUUCAGCAGGGUUUAUCAAUAUGAAUUCCUGCAAAAUGGCCAUUUAUUUAGGUCACCUGCAUAUGAUUGCCGAAUGUCUUUGUCACAGUAUGGAGACAUCACAUUCUGGAGUCAUUAGAGAAGAGCAAUUAACGUUAAGACACUGGGUUACAGGAGAAGAUGCUUAACAUCAUUCUCACCCAUCUUAGAAGAAGAGUGAUUCAUAUUGAGUAUGUGUUGACAGAACAGUUGAUAUCUCCGUUUUUGUGGAUUGCUACUUGUCGAGUAUUCUUUGCCCAUUUGUUGAUACAAGUGAAAUAAUUUUUGAUAUCGGGUAUCCGUUAAUGUUGUAGAAUGAUGGGUGCAGUAGUCCAAUAUGACUUCCAUGAUUUCCAUGUAGAGUAGAAUAGAUCCAUCCAAAUGGUCAAGUAGUUGAAAAUUGAAAUGAUCCAUAUGCAAGUAGGAUAGCGUAUGAAAGAGGAUAUCUACAAAAAUCAUUUGCAUGUAGAUAGGAGAUGAAGUCUCAUAAUGAUUCUUAUGAUAAGGUAAGGUUGUCUCAUCAUCAGUUGGACAACAAGAUGGAUCACUUGAGUCUAUUACUCGUAUCCAAGACACAUAAUGAUGCCAAAUAUAUCGAAAGAGAUGAUAAGAAUGGGUAUUCCAACACCGAGAACUAUAAGAAAGGCAAGGAAGACACCACCAUUGACAUAUGAC